AUGGCAUUCUCCAGCACCACGACUGCUUCGCUGCCCGAUCCAGCGCCAUUCACGACACCACCACAGCCGAGAGAACAGCACUUUGGCUACAACAUGAAUAGAAUUUGGAACGUCCAGCACUCUUCUCAGAGCUCGCCGUGUGACAGUGCCUCCCUGAGUUCGCGAGGGAGCACCCAGCAGGACGGUGUUGGUAGCUCGACCACUGCCAGCCAGCACACGUCGUCCUCGUCGCGAGCAAGCGUGGGCUCAAACUUUGAGUCGCUGCCAGCAGGCGCCGGGCUUUUGAGUUACGCGUUUGACGGAAAUACAUCGACUUCUUACUGCUACUAUCUUGAUCGUGGUAACGGGCAAUUCACACGGUUGAUACCCGCGGACAUGCUACCUCCGAUGAAAGGAGUUCCGGGACGAGAGGAGGAGCACGACGGCAUGGUGAUACUUCAACCGCUCGAAAAGCUGCGUCUCCAGAAUGCAAAGGAACAUCAUCGAGUCUCUACCCCAAAGCCCACGCCUCUGCCAGACAAUCUCCAGAAUCAAAUCGACUGCAUUGUUGCCACAAGCCCCAAAUCGAGCAGAAAGAUCAAGAUAUACUGCGACAAGUGGAUUCACGAGGGCGUUUGCGCCUUCACACAGCAGGGCUGCAAGUUCAAGCACGAGAUGCCCCAGGACGAGGCUACGCAACGAUCGCUCGGCCUCUUCCAUGGAUUUCCGGCGUGGUGGAAGAAGCGUACCGAGGAGCAAAACUCGUCACGUCGAGGCCUGGGCACUGGCUCGCAGUCGACCUCGCCAUCGCGUAUGGGGUGUGCAACGCCACAGCUAGGCAGCAGUGAGGCAUCUCGAGGCCGCAGCCAUCACGCGGUUGCUUUUGAACAGCAACACGGCCUGCCACCAAGAGACCAUUCGUACGGACAAACCAGCUUCGCCUCGGGGCCUAGCAGCUGGAAGCCUUCGGGCUCACAGUGGAUGCAAAACGGCAUCGUGCCGUUCGUUCGAGGGCCUAGACGUGCUUAUUAG